GGUGGUUCGGUCAGGGCACCUACAUAUACGCGUAAACGGAACAAUCAGCUAUACUUCUUACCCGUCUCCUUUGGCCUGCCUGUUCGCUUUGACCUGAGAAACAGAGAGAGAGAGAGAGAGAGAGAGAGAGAGAGAGAGAGAGUCCACUGACUGAAGAAUCCCGAGAGAAGAGUCCGGCAAUGGCGGAUCGGACCAGAAGAUUUCUGAGAGAAGAGUUCGUAACCUAUGCCUACAUUCUUCUUUACAUUGCCCUCUCAAGCGGUCAGAUCUUCUUUAACAAGUGGGUUUUGUCGUCAAAGGAAAUCAACUUCCCUUAUCCUCUUGCGUUGACGAUGCUUCAUAUGGUCUUUUCCUCUGUUCUAUGUUUCAUAGUCACCAAAGUAUUCAAGAUUAUUAAAAUUGAGGAAGGGAUGACUCAAGAAAUAUUUGCUACGUCUGUCAUCCCAAUUGGUGCAAUGUUUGCGAUGACACUUUGGCUAGGCAACACUGCUUAUCUUUAUAUAUCGGUUUCAUUUGCUCAGAUGUUGAAAGCAGUUAUGCCAGUUGCUGUUUUCAUUCUUGGAGUUGCAGCUGGACUUGAAGUGAUGAGCUGCAGAAUGCUUUUGAUUAUGUCUGUGAUAAGCUUCGGUGUGCUAGUAGCUUCCUAUGGGGAGAUGAGCAUUAACUGGAUUGGUGUAGUUUAUCAAAUGGGAGGUGUUGUUGGUGAAGCAUUGCGGCUAAUAUUCAUGGAGAUUUUUGUUAAGAAGAAGGGUCUUAAACUAAAUCCCAUUUCUGUUAUGUACUAUGUUAGCCCCUGCAGUGCUGUUUGCUUGUUCAUUCCGUGGAUUUUUCUUGAGAAGCCCAAGAUGGAUGCUCGAGAUACUUGGAGUUUUCAUCCGCUAAUUUUGUUGCUCAACUCUCUUUGCACUUUUGCACUGAAUCUAUCGGUGUUUCUUGUCAUCUCCCAUACGAGUGCAUUGACAAUUCGUGUUGCUGGUGUAGUGAAGGAUUGGGUGGUUGUGCUUCUCUCAGCACUCCUUUUCGCAGAUGCCAAAUUGACAAUUAUAAACCUGUUUGGUUAUGCAAUUGCCAUUGCAGGUGUUGCAGCAUACAACAACCAUAAGUUGAAAAAGGAAACUUCACGAGAUACAUUAAAUGAUUCUCGUGAUGAUAUUCAAUCUAUACCUUUAGUUUCGCCUUCAACAGCUUUACGGAAGUAAAACAUUAGAGAUGUUUCAUUCGCCAAAACUUAUAGACAGAUCUCUCUCUGAGGUAUGAAAACUGUACAUGAUCUUAUAUGAACAAACUCCCCUCCCCUCCCACUUGAGAAUGAUUUGUUUGAAUUCUUCCUUUCGAGAUGACAAGGGGUUUUGUAAUUUGUGCGAAUAGAUCUUU